CACAAGUGUCUUUUAUAUUAAAGUGUGUUAUGUAUAAAAUAAUUGUGUACGUAGUUAUUGUACAUAAAAUGUGUAUCAUCUAUUAGACAAAAUAGAUAUUUAUGCAUAAGAACGUACCCAUAAGUCUCUGUUACCAUAAAACAGAACCAUAAGAAAAUGAAGACAGAACUGUGUUGUUGGUGUUUUUUGUAUAGAUACAAUAGCGAAGGUUACGUUCGAAAAUUGUGCUUAACUUUCGUGAAUUAAGCCAUUAAUGGGACAUUUUCUUAUUUACACAACGUGGAAAGCAAAAAACUACAUUUCUUCAUUCAUAAAUAUCUGUAUGCACGAAUUAUUAAAGCCGAAAGAAACUUUCUUAACCUCUACUUCGAUUUUAAAUUUGAAGCGGCAUCAAGUAUCAUAGCAAUCUAACAUAACGUUAAGAUAUGUUUAUACAAUAUACGAUAUAAACAGCAGAAAAGAUACAUAUUCAAUAGUACAUAACCUUGCAAACAUAUUGACAAGAUUGAGAUUGCAAACAUAAACAAUAUAAUAUAAUGAGAUGAUAAUUGUAAUUUUAUUUUAAUAUAAUUGAGAAUUGAUAAUAAUAUCAAAUUUGGGAAAAUGUCUGUGAAAAGAAAAGCUGACACUCAAGUACCAGCAGAGGAGAGUGACUUAUUGUCAAUUAGACCGCUAGGUGCAGGACAAGAAGUCGGGAGAUCAUGUAUUAUGUUGGAAUUUAAAGGGAAAAAGAUUAUGUUAGAUUGUGGUAUUCAUCCUGGAUUGUCUGGAAUGGAUGCAUUACCAUUUGUAGAUUUAGUAGAGGCAGAUGAAAUUGAUUUAUUAUUAAUUUCUCAUUUCCAUUUGGACCACUGUGGAGCUUUGCCAUGGUUCUUACAAAAGACGAGUUUUAAAGGACGAUGCUUUAUGACACAUGCCACCAAGGCUAUUUAUCGUUGGUUGUUAUCUGAUUAUAUUAAAGUUAGCAACAUUGCUACAGAACAAAUGUUGUAUACAGAAUCAGAUCUAGAAACUAGUAUGGAUAAAAUAGAAACAAUUAAUUUCCAUGAAGAAAAGGAUGUGUUCGGAAUCAAAUUUUGGGCAUACAAUGCUGGACAUGUACUAGGUGCUGCUAUGUUUAUGAUAGAAAUAGCAGGAGUUAAAAUUUUGUAUACUGGAGAUUUUAGUCGGCAAGAAGAUAGACAUUUAAUGGCUGCUGAAAUUCCUAAUAUUCAUCCUGAUGUCUUAAUUACUGAAUCUACUUACGGCACACAUAUACAUGAGAAAAGGGAAGACCGUGAAGGAAGAUUUACAAAUUUAGUUCAUGAGAUUGUUAAUAGAGGAGGAAGAUGUUUAAUACCUGUAUUUGCAUUGGGCAGAGCACAAGAAUUAUUGCUUAUAUUGGACGAAUAUUGGAGUCAACAUCCUGAACUCCAUGAAAUUCCCAUAUAUUAUGCCUCAUCUUUAGCAAAGAAAUGCAUGGCAGUCUACCAAACUUAUGUAAAUGCAAUGAAUGACAAAAUUAGAAGACAAAUAGCUAUCAAUAAUCCUUUUGUAUUUAAACAUAUUUCUAAUUUGAAAGGUAUUGAUCAUUUUGAAGAUAUUGGGCCAUGUGUAGUAAUGGCGUCUCCUGGUAUGAUGCAAAGUGGUUUAUCAAGAGAAUUAUUCGAAUCUUGGUGUACUGAUGCCAAAAAUGGAGUUAUAAUAGCUGGUUAUUGUGUAGAAGGAACAUUAGCUAAGACUAUUUUAUCAGAACCAGAAGAAAUAACAACCAUGUCUGGGCAGAAGUUACCACUGAAAAUGUCUGUUGAUUAUAUAUCAUUUUCCGCACAUACAGACUACCAACAAACUUCAGAAUUUAUACGCAUAUUAAAGCCACCACAUGUUGUGCUGGUACAUGGAGAACAAAAUGAAAUGGGAAGAUUAAAAGCUGCUUUACAAAGAGAAUACGAAGAUGAUCCUAAUACAACAAUGGAGAUACAUAACCCUAGAAAUACUGUAGCUGUGGAAUUAUAUUUCAGAGGAGAAAAAACAGCUAAAGUAAUGGGUACAUUGGCAAUGGAAACGCCAAAAACGGGACAGACAUUGUCUGGGGUUUUAGUGAAAAGAAACUUUAAUUACCAUAUGUUAGCACCCUGUGAUUUAUCAAAAUAUACAGAUAUGAGUAUGAGUCAAGUUAUUCAACGACAAAGUGUAUAUUUCUCAGCAUCAUUACCAGUACUGAAACAUCUUCUAAUACAAAUAGCUGGAAACUUAGAAGUGGUGGAUGAUAAAAAAUUACGAGUCUUUAAAAAUAUUGAUGUUACUAUAGAUGGAAAAAUUGUUACCAUGGAGUGGAUUGCAACACCAGUAAAUGAUAUGUAUGCAGAUUCUGUUUUGACUGCAAUACUUCAAGCUGAAAUGAUGGAACAGCCACCAAAAGUACUACCAGCACCUACAAAAAUGGAUCGAAUGCAUUUUAAAGAAUGUUUAAUAGAGAUGUUACAAGAAAUGUUUGGUGAAGAUUCUGUUCCUAAAAUUUUCAAAGGAGAGAAACUCUAUGUGACAGUUGAUGGGAAAAAAGCACACAUAGAUUUAUUAAAUUUAGAAGUAACUAGUAAGGAAGAUGAAACUUUUCAACAAAUAGUACAAACAGCAGUAUCAAAAUUACAUCAAUCAUUGGCCCCACCUUGUGAUACAAUCUAAAAGAUAGUAUUUUUA